AUGGCUAACUCCAAAAAGUUUAGUAACCAGGAGACGUGGUAAGUGAAGUUUUGGCGAGUGACUCUUUAAGUGUUGAAGUUAUCGAAUCUGUUCGUGGAGAGGAUGUAUACAUAAUCCAAACUGGAAGUGGAGAAGUCAAUGAUCAUCUUAUGGAACUAUUGAUUAUGAUCAAUGCGUGCAAGAUAGCAUCCUCUUGUCGAGUUACUGCUGUUAUCCCAUGCUUCCCAUACGCAAGACAGGACAAAAAGGUGAUUUUGCCUUCUUUCCAGUAGACUUUUCAUAAUAACUGACACUACGUUUUCCACCUGUUAGUAUCACCUUUUCCCCGUUGGUCGUAUUAUCAGUCCCUCAUCUAAGUGAUUUCCCAAUCACGCGUUUGUAUGGGCUCGGACUUCCGUGUCCUCAACUAUCACGGGAUGUAUGUAUAUUUCACUUGUGCUUGACUCUAACGAGAAUUGUCCUCUGUCUGAAUUUCAUAAUAAUUUACAGACAGUCUCAGAUACCGGCAGUAGGUAUGACCAGUAGCCGCGCAUACAUGGCACCUCAGUCGACUCCACCCGUCUCUUCACUGAUAGGUGUUAUUCGAGAAAGCUAUAUAUAUCCUGUGUCAACAAAUGAGGGUUUUGAACGGUAGAUCGAUACUUUGUUUUGGAAGAUUUCAGUAUUUGGCUAAGGUGCUCAUCACUAUCCGUCGGUCAGAAUUCGACGUAACCUGAAACUAGUGUGGGAGCUGCUCGUUGGUCAAGAGGUUUGUAGAACAAAAUCUUCUAAAGCCAUUCCAUCUGCAUAUUUAGCAAAUUGCUCUGUUUAAACACGCAGUACCCAAGAACGACACCAUAAAGAGGAAAUGCCGCCGAAAGUGACUGGGUGUGAACCGAUAAUUUGUAGUGUUUUAGCCGUUAUCAGCCAUUCAUACCCCAACCCAAGUAAUGGAUAACCUGGGGUUCGGAGUCGGACUUUUUGGCUAGUGAGUGUUAGGUAAGAUGCUUUACCACUAAGUCACAGGCUUGCCUUCAUGUUGGUUGUGACUCGGCAUAAAGUUCCAGGACAAAGCAAAAGGGCACGUUCUACCACACAACUAAAUUCGUAACACCACGUUUACGUGAACUGUAUAGUGUUUGUUAACGAUGUUCUUAUUUUCGAAAGACCUGAAUGUUCGACUCAUUUAAGCGGUCCUGUCAUCACUCACACGCAACUCAAAGGAAGUAAUCGAUUGCGCUGAUAGGGUAGUUCGUUAGGGAAGUUCGAUAAAAAGGCAGCAAAAUGAGGCCAAAAGUAUUCGCGAAGUAAAUCUAGUAAAGACUGUGAAUGAGAACGACAGAGAAAAUAAACGCCAUUUACAGCCAUGUGCUGGCCUUUGUGUUAAAUCGUUGUCACUGCAACAUUUAGUUGUGUCAGUCUCACUUCCGCCACUCUUCCUAUUCAGUCGCAGCAAUAUUUUCUGUCUAACAGUGUUACAGUGGCACAUGUCAAGGGGGUCUAUUGAUUUCUUGGCUUGGUUACGAUGAUAUUAAACACCAGAUAUCGGGAAUGUGAUCGCCACUCAUUACUGGGAAUUGUGCCAUCUCUGCGUCAUUGACAUCUAUGGUAUUUAUGACGUCUUCGUUAGGAUUAACUGAAAUCCUGUUGUAGUCCAGUGGUAUGGUGUCCAGAGCUCAAAGGGGAACUUUAACAUGAUGAGUGAGGGCUCAUCGCCCCACUAUUUUUCUUACUUGUCUGUACUUGGUACAAUUAUGAUCAUGCCUGGUCUAGCUGGCCUCGAUUAUGGUACGUGUUGUACCUGUCCACGCGUGACGAUCUGCGGUAGCAGGUCUGGGCAGCUCGACCCAUUCUCUUCUGCAGCGACGGAGACCGAGUACAGAAGGUACAAAAACCACUUCCAUGUAUUGACGAACUGUCAUAAGCCGGGCCUCGAGUUGAUCUCCUCUUCUUCACCUCUUAAGGGCAACAGCACUAGAUCGAGAGCAUUAGCAGUGAGCGUAUGAGAUGGACGACGAAGAACGUGCCCAAACCACCUCGGUCGUCUUUUUGGAUGGCGACCGUGAACCGUCAUUAAAUAGGUCUUCUUAUCACUAGUUCCUUGUGGUUAGGUUCUUGAGCUAGGGCACUGGAGAAGACGCCCUGGAACAAACAAUCUGAGAGGCUGUUGGGGACCCACCUGUGCUUGAAUUUCUCAAGAAAUCUCACGAAAAUUUCCGACUACAGAGCCCCACUAAGAGCCUGAAUAGGCGCCAAACGCCUACGUGAGAUCAUCUUUUAUUAGUAGUUUUAUCCUCUCCCCAACAGCCUUUAGUUUGUUGUAUCUGGGAGUGGCCUCCCACAACUGACUGCUUCGCAGAUAAUGGGGCCGGAUUGGCUCAUGGCACGCGCUUACCGGACUGUAGGGAGUCCAGACGAGCCCAAAACUACUGGCGUACACGGGAGCUGUGGCGCCAUAUCUCAAAGUCCGUCUUCACGCUACGUCAACCACACAUCCCAAUCCCGACACCAGCCGGUUGACAGGCUUGGGCAGUCGGCUGGCGCACGGCUGAGGGAAGAUGGGGGAGGCUAGUACUGGGACUCCAUUCUAACGGAAAAUCAGCGCAUCCCUCGCUAUGAUAAAUCUGACCCGCUUGAAUCUAUCACGACACGUUUAAAGUCAUGGCUUGGAGGGUUUCCAAGUAGCGAGAUAACUCGGUCCCCACGGUGAGUACUAUGUGCGUGUGUGUGUGGAAUAACUGGCAGAUGGACUGAAGGUCAGGCCCAAUGACUCCUUACUUUGGUCUCUGAGACACUCGCGCACUUAAUAUCCAAGUAAUCUAAUUUUUUUGAAAGCUUAACAUACUGUGCGGGAGGGCUAGGUCCUGUGUUACACCCGCGAACUGGCUAAUGUAACUUUGUCGGCCACUGCGUUCACCCCUACUUCAGGCCGUCUUGACAUUGUCAUCCCGCCACAGUUAGCUGGGUGUGCGAUGAGAGAGUGCGGAAGACGCCGCGGAAGUCCGCCUUACGAUAGACUAAUUCACGCGAAAGUCACCGAUGCUGCGCCCACCGCGUGGGCACCACGGGUGACGCAGUUCGCGACGGUCAAACUGUCGGUGUACCUAAGAACAAGCACUAAUGCUGGUUUAGUCAGUUCCAGUCGACAGCACGAGCCAGCGAAACCCACACUAUACAGUUACUGGGUAGGCCGGAGACAUUCACCAACGUCUUCUUUUACCGAGCUGUGGAUCUUAACUGUAAAAUGGGUGAACUUAUGCCUGCCAAGUGAUCAGUCAGUGAUCAUGUAGCUGUUAAGUCUCCAGGAUUGACGGAGCACCGGUUUAGUUACGUAUAGAGUGAUAAUAAGUCAUAGCUGUAUUAUAUGGCGACUUUUGUUCACCGUCGUAUAGGGCUUCACCCCUCAUACGGGGGAGGGCUUAACCUCACACGCACCACAUCCCCUGGAUCUUCAUGAAGUAUCAGCCAGCUGCUUCGAACAGCAUAAUGCAGGUUAAUUUUAGCCAAUUGCAGUUCUUUUGAUACUACAUUGCAACAGGAAGUGUAAGGAUCUAGUUCAUGCUACCUCGGACGGCUGAAAAGCUUUUGGAUAGAAUAAGAGCCGUCUGUCAGGUUGGUGCCAGGAUAACUACUGGAUUAUUUUUCGACCUUCGUCAAAAACGUGCAGCCAAAUUUUUUUGCUCUAAUUGGGUGCGAUUUCUUGAGCUCAGACAUCAGGGAUGUCUUGAAGAGCUAACAGCAGUGGCUGACAGGUCGGUUUUGGAAGUUUCUGUUUCGAGAGAACCCUCUACUGUUUUGCCGUGGUUUAGUUUCCAAAUUAAGCGCUUUAGCGGAUGUGUGCUCGGUGGGUGACGACAAUAAUUUUAGAUUGGUGGACUCCGAGUCCGAAGGCAGGACUUGUUCGAAGAAGACUCCAUCAUUGAGGCAAUAACUUUCUUCGUUAGAUGUUUUAAAUUCCGACUCGAGCUCACCAUAAAAGGCAACAAUAGGCAGAGGCGUAGGCUUUUGUCGAUGAGUCCGCGUGAAUGGUGUGAGCAGAAGAUAAUCCUGUGGAUUACCCAAGCCCUUUCUGACAAUUAAUCACGGCCUCAAAAUUGUCUGUAUUUGCCUUUUGGCUAAACGGCAGGCUUGGUUGGGCAGUCUGGGCGCAUCGUCCGGCCUUUGACAAACGCUACCCAAAUUUGGUCCAUGUGUUUGAGCAAUUUUCGCGUCUUAUUACAUAUGUCGACUUUUUCAGACUUAAAAUCCGACCGUGGCACUUUGAAUUCAAGCCGUUGCGCAUUGACAUUUGUUCUGGUAUACUUUAACAUAUUCUCCUUAUAAAGGAGAGUGAGCGCAAGGCAGAACGGCUUUACUAACGGUACCAAACUUUGAAAGGCCAGAUAAGAAGCGCACCUUGAAUUAGAGAUCUGAGUUCUAUAAUGAGUAGGCAAGUGCUCACAGAUCCUCACAAAUUACAAUAUUAGUGCGAGAGCACUGGGCAGGAUGCCGAAAUGGAUGCGCGAAAUUCUACAACGUAUAAAAUUGUUUUGCUUAUGAGGAGUCGCACGUAAUUCAGAAAGUCUUUGGACGCUGUAAGUCAUCUUUCACUUAUAGACACCCAACAUUUUCCGCUGACAUCGUUCCUGGAGCGAAGACCCUAAUUUAAUUUUCAUUGUCACCGCUCAUGGUGUUUUCUCCUGAACUUGCAUUCUUGCAUUCUCAUUGUUAGGACAAAUCCCGCGCGCCUAUUUCGGCAAAACUAGUGGCAAAUAUGCUGUCGGUCGCUGGAGCAGACCACAUCAUCACGAUGGACUUGCAUGCUAGCCAAAUUCAGGGCUUCUUUGACAUCCCAGUCGACAAUUUGUACGCAGAACCUGCGGUCAUACGUUGGAUUCAAAAAAAUAUUCCCGACUGGCAAGAGUGUUGCAUUGUGAGCCCGGAUGCUGGCGGCGCAAAAAGGUACCGUUGCCCGAAUUUUCAUGCAGAUUCUAGUCUCUGGGUACACACGGUAGUAAGUAGUGUGUUCGAAACUGUUUGCUUUGGUAUCCACCUCUUUUGCGGUCAACUGUAACCCGGCUGAUUCUUCGGAAGUCUUUGUGUAUUCGUGUGGAAAUCUCCGAAACAUCCGUUUAAUGUUUGUCCUUUUACUAAAGCUGCUUUGGUUUUGGAAAGAAGAGCAAAGACGACUCGACGAACGCAGGUCUUUAAUAACUUAUCGUCGGUUAUGUGGCAGGUUUAUAUUUAGGUGGAAACUGCAGAAUGAGUAGUUUCGUAGGAGACGGACAAAUUUUGGAGUUCUUCAGGUGGGAACUGGCAACUGCGAGCAAUCUUACUGCACUAAGCUACCUGCGGACCGUGAACUGCCUGACUAUCCACUACGGCAACCGUGCGGGUCGCACAAAAUUUCUUUAAGCAUGAAAUACCUCUGUUCUGUGACCAAGUUUGCAGUUACUUUUUGAAGUUUUUAACGACUUCAUUGGUGGCCGGUUUCUGCCAGGUGACCGGGGAUCGCACUGUUGACUCAUCAGUCGACAUCUCCAUGUCAGUUUUGGCGUCGGCUUUAGUAUCUAUGUACCCGUUCGAAUUAUAUAGUCUAUGCCCAAGGGCUAGUGAAGGAGUCAGUACACACUAAGGUCAUUUGAUUAGAUAACGUUUCUCUGCCCCCCAGUCGUAGCAUGGGGUCUGUAAAGAACUUCAGGGAGACUUGUGAAAGGUCACAGUCAGCUGCCUCUUUAAUAUUUCAUCGAAUGUCCUUUAUCACUAACCUGUUCCCUCCACAUCUGCGGAAUUUUCAAUUUUUGGUGAGCAAAUCCUCCUCCACCACAGCGGGAUCUCAACUCUUUCGUUCUAUAUGCUUCUGGUUACCAAAGGACCUUUGGAAACCUUAGUGCCCAUACUUUUGCUGCCAUUGCUACAAAAAAAACUUGGUGAGAGUGUUCAGGAUGUUAGCCAUUCGGAUUAUUCCACUUUUUUGCAAACCUCCGACUAAAUUUACUCCCUUUCGACCGUGUGACGGGCCUUUUCUGCGCGUUUUCCGUCUGUCCGCGCCACAACUGCCAGUGGCCUGUGCUUCUACAUCCGAUUAUUCGGUCUGGAAAGAUGCCUCUUCUGAAGUCAUUUAAACUACCACCUGCAGACACGUAGCUGGCCCAACUUUAAUACCGACCCAUCUAGGAACAGGGAAGUGCUGAAGGGGGGGGGGGGAAUAUAUCAGUCCGGCAAAUUUUCCAUUAUCAUUGUUCCUUAUGUCACCUUGAAGCAUUUCUCCACUUUUCCAACUUUCAGAGUCACUUCACUGGCAGACCAACUUAACGUCGACUUUGCCCUUAUACACAAGGAACGCAAGCGAGCCAAUGAAGUUGAUCGGAUGGUACUUGUCGGUGACGUAAAGGGCAGGGCGGCUAUUCUUGUUGAUGACAUGGCCGACACCUGCGGCACAAUAUGCACAGCUGCACAGCGGUAAGGAUAUCUCUGCUGACUUUGUGAGGAGAGAGUCAGCAGUGUACUUAUGACAUAUGGUCUGCCAUUUCGAGCUACUUAUGUUUUACUCUCAAAUGUCGUGUUUCGUAAAUUAAAGAGACAAACGUAAACGUCUGUGGCCGACGACUCAGUUGUAUGAGGACUGUUCAAAACUAUCGCCGAUGUCAAAAUUAAUUUUUUUAUAAUAUCCAUUAACCUUAGGAAGUGGUCUUGAAGCUUAUUAGGGCCCUUCCGAGAAUUGAGGAAUUGUUCCCCUUUUUUUUUCAUCCUGUGCAUUCCCUACAUAUUCCUUAAUUUUAUCCCUGUCAUUCUUUGGAACUGGUCCGCACGAAGUUUGUUAAAGGACAGAAAUACUCAAUUCGAAAAUCGUCCUUCUUCCAUCCCCCUCAGCGACACGAAAAUUUCUCUUUUUUCUUUCAUUCUUUUCAGACAUCUGUGUUAUAGUUUAACCAGUCUCCCUCUCUGUCUAGCCUCACGGAAGCUGGUGCGACCCGGGUUUAUGCGAUCUGCACUCAUGGCAUUUUUUCCGGACCUGCAAUUGAACGCAUUAACAAGUCCUGUUUUGAGGCUGUCGUUGUUACCAAUACGAUUGACCAGAAGGAGAACAUGAAGAAGGCUCCAAAACUGCAGGUAAGGUCUCGCUCUUCAAGGGAUUAACCGUUUUAUCACGAAUAACGACGAAAAUCCCAGUCCCAGAUACUUGUAAAGAGGCAGCAACCCCUUUUUGCCAAAAUGCAAAGGACAACAGGUUGGGAUAAGCGGCCAGCAACGCAGAUCGUGACCGGUCGGAUCUAUAUUUCUCUACUACGCACUGUCGAUAAAAGGACAUGAGGAAAGAGAUCUGACGAAAUCCACGCUGGGUUAGACAAAGCGAUUCCAAAACAAUUGAAUCAGAAUAAAGGAGACGAAUUCGUUCAGAGAAGUAAUUGAGGGAUAUAAAAACCGGUCCUGUACCUUCAGACAUGACGACAGCACCGAUACGAGCAAUAUUUAUAGGGUAUUUUAAUCAAUCAGUUCUCCGGACUGUAGCUCUGGAGAUCGCUACCUGUGAGGGUAGGAAGUCGGUAUGCCAGCCCAUGGGGUCCACAUCAGGGUUCUAGUAAACAACCGUUAGGUACUUAGGGUUUAGAAUUCCGUUGAAAUCCAUACAACCCGUAUACCGGCCGUCAGUCUGCUUACGGAUCCCUGCGCAGCAAUUUUCAAACAACACUGGUUAUUAAAUAUAUGCCCUUCCCUCCGAUGUCUUUGCCGUGACGAGCGGAUUGAGGCAGGAUUGUGUACUCGUCCAACUCACUUUGUCUUAGUGUUCUCCGCUGUGCAGAUGGAUGCUUAUAAAAAUGACUGCUCUGGAACAAGUGUUAUGUGCCGGAUCGAUGAGAAGCUCUCCAACAUUUAAACAAUGUAGAAUCCUUCGAAAGCCGCCACGGAUAAAAACAACGACUUUGCGAUGAUAACUGCGCAUCCAACACCGCUACAGCGCAUGUGGCUCUCCGUUUGCGGAUACACCAGGUUUUGACUGAACUAGACGGUGAGCAUGCAUCAUUUGACAGCCAUUGUGGAUUACACUUAAUCCUCGAUCACCGUCUAUGGUAAACGUCAUGCUGUUGUGGGUGAAUUUUUUAAAAUACGCGCUGUAAUCCCGUAUUACGCUGCAGCAUGGAGCCGCUGCGGCAUCGUCUUAAACGCAAAGUACACCGUCGGGGUGCUGACUAUGCUCUUGCACGACCCAGAACCCCGGAACUUCUAUCAACACCAUGCGAAGGAACUAAACAACUUUAAACUCAGCUGCCUUCGUGCGAUCCUGAGUGUAGAACGGCAAAGACAACGGCGCACUCCGAGGCUCUGACAUCGACCAACAAACUCAGGGUAUUUGCAGUAUUAAAGCAAGUUCACUUUCGAUGGAACGAUUAAAUCGUAAAGAUGUCAGGCAUGAUCUUCCUGAAAUGGAUAGUCUAGAGGAUGUUACAGAAGUCUGCAGCCAAGAAGGACAAAAGCAACGUCAGAAUGACGUCUGAAAGACUUCUAUCGACCCCUUGGAGAUAAGUUAAGACUCCGUGAUAACUUUAGCGGAGUAACACUGUUGGCGUUGCUCACAUUGUCUCAGCCUGCUCUCACUGAACACGUUCAGGACCCAGAUCGCUCAGGUGAGACAGGUUUAUGACAUUGCAGGCAGUCAGCAACAGCUCUCGGACCAACCCUCUCCCCACCAUUUUACAGUACUCUCCACUGUCAGAAGCUACGCAUCCCGAACACCUAGAACCUCAUACGGUAACGAAUAUAUAACGCCAGCUUUCCUAAUCUUGUGACGUUUAUGGCUCCGACGUAGGGGACAGUGGGGAGAGCGUUUGAUAUAGCAGACGCGAUACCAGGGACUGCACAUCCACUUUAAAUCAUCAUUUUUAUUCCUUCGGCCUCUCCCACACCUCCAUUCCUAGACCCGUCUCACUAGUGCUACGUCCACGCCAAUCCAAACCUCCCGCAGGUACGGUCUCCUGUCAACAAAUAUGAGCAUCCCUUAACACACUGAAUCCUGCCUCUACUGUUAGUGUUCGUUUUUGGGCAGGCGUUAACUUUUUGUACACUGGCGGUAACACGAUAGCACUGUCCACCAAGACGUUCCAUCGAUCACCUAUCUUACUAGUGCAAGCCGGUAGAGAUAACCAUCUACAAUUACGACGAUCCAAGUACGGUGUCAUCACUUGUUUUGUUGCUGCUUUCAUCACUGACGAUGGAUUUGCACGCGAAGGCGAACCCUGAGGAAGAUUAACAGGAAGUUCGGUUGCUGCACAAGCCCUCUUUUUCUUUAAUCCCAAGGCAUAUCUGAUAGACACAGCUUUUUUCAAAUAUGCGCAAUUGGUCUGGCUAGGCGCUACCUAAAUAGGCGUUCUAGAUGCUAACUUGAGAGAAGUCAGAUGCCGGUUCAACUCAGUCGGGUGGCCUUUUGGCAUGAAGUGCGCUUGCUGCUGAUACUACAUUUCCUAUUUGGGAUCUUUCUUGCCAGAUGCUGUUCAAAGGCAUUAAGCUUAUCUCUAGACCGUACCUUUUUUACAUGGAGCUCUUAUCAUUAUUUGUACUUUGUUUUGUUUGCGCAAUCUAUCAGUAGUGAUGGGUCUUUGGAUUUGUUCAUUAGAACAGAAUAAAGGGCUAAUCACUCUUAUAAAGCGAAUGCCCUGCCAAAAUAUUUCUGCUGCAAGUCUUCCGAAACAGCACAUAAGCAAACCACUUCCAUGAAGUUUGCUGAGACGCGUGCCCAGACACGUAUUCGUCUGCCCCUGACAGAGUAAAUGCGGCCCCCUACCCACAACUGCAUUAGAAUAAAUGCCACGCACAAGUGACCUGUAGGUGUGUUUCAUGCAAGACACGUUUCUUCGAGUAUUUCAGUUCUUUUUCAAAUUCAAACUUACAUCUCUUUCCCACAGUGCAUUGACAUCAGUACUGUCCUUGCCGAGGCCAUUCGACGAACGCACAACGGCGAAUCAGUUUCCUACCUCUUCAACCACGUUCCCUUGUGA